UUUUUUAUUGCCAUAGCAACCGACAACAAACAUAUUGAAACGUCCGUAGGGAAAGUGUUUGGAUAUCCAGAAGAUUGUCUUCCUAUCUCAUGUGGAGGCUUGUUAAGAACCAGAGAGCAUAAGCCCUCAGCGUUAUGAAACUCUCGUCCAGCUCCAAGUCUGCUGGCUCGAGAUCUAACCCCGCCAGGUACCGCAUGUUGGCUCCCACAUCCCAGGUGGAGGAGACCCUGUUUGACGUCCCCAGACCGCUGAACAUGCAGAGCAACAACCAAACAAACCAAGAACAAGAGACCCUCCAGAUCAUCACCAAAGACCUAAUCCGGACUAUCAGGAUUCCUCGGCGAGAGGUUUCCAGACCGUCCAUUGUUCUUCCACCGUCCGAGGUCAAAAGGAUCAUCUCAGAAUGCCAGACUGGCGUCAAGGAACAGAGAGAGGCCUUAAAGCGAGCUCACAGGAUAGAGAAAGAGGAAAAAACAAAAGCUGCUGAAGUGAGAAAGCUUCAACUCCAGGAUGUAGACCUGUCGGGUAAACAAAACCCGGUGCUGACCGACCUGCAGCUGGAGGCCCAGAGGCGCGCCGAGCUCGUCGUGGAUCGAGCCAACGCCUUAAGGAUGGAGCAGGAGGAGGAAGUCAAAAGGCUCAACCAGCUGAUCCUGGGCGCUCAGUGUCAAGCCACGUGGGACGAUCAGAUCCAGGAAAAGAAAGAGAUCCGGGCGCUGCUGGAGGAGGAGGAGAAGCGCCUGGACGACAUGAUGGAGGUGGAGCGUCGCCGCGCUUUGGAGAAUUCAGAGAAGAAAGAUGAGCGGCACAAACAACAGAUGAUCAAAGGAAAGGACCAAAUGAUCGAACAGAUCCAAAAGCGCAUGGAGAAAAAACAGCUUCUGGAGAUGGCUAAAGAGAUCGAGAAGGAACAGAUCCACAAGAACCGGGAGAAGAUGGACCUGGAGGACCUCAAGGCGAGGGAGAAGAAGAGGAAGGAGCAGCAGCUCCUGCAGGAGGAGAUCAUGCGCAUCAACGCUGAGGUCAUGCAGGCCAAGGAGAAGCGGCUGGAACAGGAGAAGCUGGACGACACGAGGGCCAUGGAGUACCUGCAGAAGAAGCUGGAGCGGGAGGCGGAGUACGAAGCAGAGCAGAAACGGAUCAAGAAGGAGAAAGAGCUGGAGAUCGCUCAGCUGAGGGCCCAGCAAGAAAGGGCCAAAGACUUGAUGGCUGAGCAGGACGAGGUCCGUGCCCGGAGGAACCAGGAGUUAGCCGACAGACAGUGGAGGAUGAAGCAGAGAGAGCUGGCCGCAGAGAAAGCCCGCGUGGAGGCCACCCUGAAGGCGGCCCGCCUGGAGCAGAUUAAGAACAAGGAGCACUGCCUGUGCUUGGAGGCCAACCGGGAGAAGCGGGUGCUCGAGAGGGUGCUGAAGACCCAGCAGGAAGCCAUGGCCAAGCAGAAGGAGCUGAAGGAGAAGCAGCUCCAGAAGGCGCUGCGCCACGCGGAGAGCCUCCGCCAGCAGAUGAAGGAGCAGGAGCUCUCGGCCAUCGCCCAGCGCAGAGAGAGGUUCCAGGAGGUCAAUCGGCUGAUGGAGGAAGACCGGCAGAGACGGCUGCGGCUCAUCGAAGUCAAAGAGAAGAAACUGAAGGAGCUCAAGGCCACAGGGAUCUCUGAGAAGUACUGCAACGAGGUGGAACGCAAGGUGCGGAAGACGCUGGCACAGCCAAAUCCUGUGAAGGUCUGAGGAUCAGCCGGAGUCACUCCAGAGCAAAUCAACACGAUCAAACAGAGAUCGUUUACGAGCCGUGCCUAUUUGAUGGAUGUCAAACAUGCAUUAUUCGUGUUUCAAGCAUGGAAAGCUGCAUCUCAAUAAAUCUAAAUCUCAUG